AUGAAAGACAAGAAGUGUUCAGAUUUCGUGUUCAUGCCUAUCAAAGACGGAGCCACCCCUCGUGCCAGGGGGGAAGGCAGCUCCAAGGACUCCUCAUCGUCUGCUGUGUCAGAAUCCGAUAGCCAGGGACCCGCCACCGAAGUACGAUCAAAGAUUGUGAUUGUGGGCUCCUGCGCCUGUGGCAAGACAGCCUUGAUACACCGAUAUAUAAAGUCGACUUUUCUGGAGACAUACACACCCACCGGCUUCGAGACACACAACAGCCAGUACAGUGUGUCAGAGACGUACAAGAUCACUAUGUCCAUCUGGGACACCUCGGGUGACGUGGGCUAUGAUAAGGUUCGACCGUUGUCCUAUGGUGAGGCUGACCUUAUCAUUAUCUGCUUUGCCAUAGAUAAGCCAGAGACCAUGGAAGAUGUUGUGACAAAGUGGUAUCCCGAAGUGAAAGAGCAGUGUCCUGGAGUCCCUGUGAUGUUGGUUGGUUGCAAGUCUGACAUGCGUAAUGAGAUCAAGGCACUGCCCCCAGAUAAACCAAAACCUGCUUACAUCACAUAUGAUCAGGGUUUAAACACAGCCAAACAAAUUGGUGCUCUUGUGUAUUCUGAAACAUCCUCCAAGAACAUACAGCGAAGUGUCAAUGAUGUCAUGGAAGUGGCUGCUUUGUCUUCAGCAGGUUCAAAGAAUGGUUGCUCUUUCACUGCUCACAACAAUAGUGGAACUACAACUACAGUCAGCAAUAGUAGCACUGGUAGCAGUGCCAACAGCAACAGCAGCAGUGAUAGUCCCAAUUUCAGGCGACAGAGGUCCUUUAUCCGACGCAAGAGAUUCACAGGAAUGAAUGAAGCUAAAGUGCACUUAAGAAAGGAAGCGGCCAAAAGCUGUGUUGUAAUGUAG